AUGACACAAGGAAAUGGUACCACUGUGACUGAAUUCAUUCUCCUAGGAUUUUUUGUUCACCAAGAGGUGCAAUAUGCCCUUUUCCUUGUAUUUCUCAUCAUCUAUGUCAUAUCUCUAGUGGGUAAUGUUGGCAUGAUCCUACUCAUCAAUAUUGAUUCCCAUCUUCACACUCCAAUGUACUUUUUCCUCCAACACUUAUCUUUUGCUGACCUCUGUUACACCUCUGCUAUCACUCCCCAGAUGUUACUAAACUUUCUGGUUUCCCACAAAUCUAUCUCCUUUGCAGGGUGUGUAUUACAAUUAGAGGUUUAUGGAAUUUUCGCCAGCACUGAAUGUUACCUGCUCGCAGCCAUGGCCAUUGAUCGGUAUGUGGCCAUCUGUAACCCCCUACGCUAUCCAGUGAUCAUGUCCCGAAAAGCCUGUAUCCUGUUGGUUGUUGGAUCCUAUUUCAUGGGUUCUGUGACUGCAUCCAUCCAAAUUGGCUUUCUCUUUUCCCUAUCUUUCUGUAAUUCCAACAUAAUUAAUCACUUUUUCUGUGAUGCACCCCCACUCCUUGCCCUUUCUUGUUCCAGUAUUGAUACCAAUGUCAUGAUGUUAAUUAUCAUUUCGGUGUUCAACCUAUCAAGCACUGUGAUGACUGUGUUCUUCUCCUACAUGUACAUCCUCUCUGCCAUCUUGAAAAUGACCUCUGCCACAGGGAGACACAAGGCCUUCUCUACCUGUGCCUCCCACAUGACAGCUGUCACCAUUUUAUAUGGGACUCUUUUUUACAUGUAUUUGCAUCCUUCUUCCAAUGAAUCCCAAGAAAAUGAUAAAAUAGCCUCUGUCUUUUAUGGUAUCAUAAUUCCCAUGCUGAACCCCCUGAUCUACAGUUUAAGAAACAAGGAGGUCAAAGAGGCCAUGAAAGUUCUGUUGAAAUGUUCAUGA